AUGACAUUGUGGUAUAAUCCAUCCAGUGUGGCUGUGUGGGCGAUAAUGAAUAUCUUAAUAUGCCUAACGUCUGAAGCACUCUCGGAGGAGAGAGAAGAGCCCCACAAGUAUACGAUAGAGGAACUUAUUUCUACGCAUUUUGAAAAUAAGCAAUCAAAUGAUCUUGGAAUGGAUCCUUGUAAAGCUGGUAACUUUCAAGGGGAUAUAGCCAUUCCAGAUGUAGAUUAUUUUAAGCCAACAAACACUGCCCCUACUACAUCUAAGAUUAACAAAUCUCUUCAAGAAGAGGUAGAGAGACUUAAAAAAGAAGUUCUUUUAGAGGGACUUCAAGUAGAGGAAGAGGGUUUGCCAGAUAUAUUAAGAAAGAGAACUAAACAACCAUUGCCACUCUCUCAGGAUAAGCCUAAGAAAUAUAAUGAAGUUACUGUAUUAACUAAGGUAAUUCCACCAGGUCUAGAUAGAUCCCUUUUAAUGAAAAACGGCAAAAUACCGCCUGAAGAAGAUUUAGAUAGCAUUGAUUUUGCUUAUCAAAACAAAGCUAGUAAUAUGAACCAAAGUAUUGUAGAUAAUUUGACAGAAUCUGAAAGUUUGGAACAGGAUGGUGUACUUGUAGUAAAUAUUUCGAAUGACAACAUUUUAAAUUUAAACGAAUUCUAUCCUAAUAUUCAAUUGUCGAAUUAUUCUAACACAGUAGAUGAGAUAACAAAUAAAAUACAAAGUAACAGCCGAGAAAUAACUGGGGAUUCAAAAAACAAUAUAAAAUUUAAAGAUCUACCUGAGAAUGUGACAGUUGCUCCGGCCCCUACUAAUGGAGUCUUGCCAACUAAUGACAUAAUUGAAGAUACUGAAGAAAGUCAAAAAGUAGUCAUAAAUAAUACAAGUCCAGAAUUUAAUGAUAAAAUUUAUGAAGGCAAUGACUUAGUGAAACCAACUGAAAGCUUGCAAAGCUUAGUCGAAAAAUCAAGCCAUAGAAGGAGAAGAAGAAGACAUGGUAAUGGAAGAAGGUUAAGAAACAUUCAAUCGAGUGAGAGAUCUGGAUAUAAUACUUUGAAACAUUCUAACGAAAAUGUUAGUGUAUCUUCUCAUGACAAAAAGUUUUUUCGGCAUCAAAAAAAGCUGAAAAUCAAUGAGAAUAAAAAAUUCGAGAUACCAGAACACGAAUUUGAGGAAAAAUUCGAAGUAAAACCGCCUCCGAAAGAUAUAAUCAAUUUUACACACAGCACAGAGGGACAACCUUUCAAAGAUUGGUUUUUUCGGGACUCCGAAGAUGAUUUAGAAGCUGGCGAAAGUCAAAAUUAUAAUCAUACUGAGAUUAAAAGACGCCAUCGGACAACCAGAGCAGCAACAAAUAGAAAGGAACGUAUUUGGGAAAACGGCGUAAUUCCUUACGAGAUUGAUGGCAACUUUAGUGGAGCACACAAAUCAUUGUUCAAACAAGCUAUGAGGCAUUGGGAGAACUUUACGUGCGUCAAAUUCGUUGAAAGAGACCCUGGACUACAUAAAGACUAUAUCGUAUUCACUGAAAGACCUUGUGGUUGCUGUUCCUUCGUCGGAAAACGUGGUGGAGGCUCCCAAGCGAUCUCCAUUGGGAAGAACUGUGAUAAAUUCGGUAUAGUCGUCCACGAGCUAGGCCACGUGGUCGGCUUCUGGCACGAACACACGCGGCCCGACCGAGACAGACACGUGCAAAUCAUCAGGGACAAUAUCAUGACUGGACAAGAAUACAAUUUCAACAAGUUGACUGAAGAAGAGGUAAAUUCCCUCGGGCAAACGUACGACUAUGAUUCGAUAAUGCACUAUGCUCGGAAUACGUUUAGUAAGGGGACAUAUUUAGAUACCAUCCUACCCCUCGAAGUUCACGGCAAGAAAAGACCAGAGAUCGGGCAACGAGUGAGGCUUAGCGCGAGCGAUAUCGCCCAAACAAAUUUACUCUACAAGUGCGCAAAAUGCGGUAAGACGUUUUUGGGUAACUCUGGCUGGUUCAACUCCCCCGGUUGGGGCUCGGAGACGCCAGGCACGCCCGACCGCUGCGAGUGGAGGAUCGUAGCGACUCAUGGCGAAAGGGUCGUGCUCAAUAUCACUGAAAUUGAUAUCCACAAGUCCGACGGCUGUCGCGUAGAGUGGGUGGAAUUUAUUGAUGGGUAUAUGCCAAACUCACCUGUGCUCAGCCGUAUCUGUGGAUCUGGGAAAGGACCAAUCAUAAGAUCUACUGGAUCGCGAUUGACCGUCGUAUAUCAGCCUGGCCUGAGACCAAAACCUCACAAGGGUUUCCGAGCUCAUUACGAAGCUGUCUGUGGUGGAAAUAUAGAAGUAGAUAGCAGCGGUCACUUGGAAUCUCCUAAUUAUCCCGACGACUAUCAGCCCAACAAACUGUGCAUCUGGAGACUUUCGGUGCCACAAGAUUAUCAAGUGGCUUUAAGAUUUCAUUCAUUCGAAGUAGAAAAUCAUGACACUUGCAACUAUGAUAAAGUCAAAGUUAGAGACGGAGACUCUAUGGAUAGUCCUCUUAUAGGCAUGUUUUGUGGACACAAGAUACCCCCUGACAUAAGAUCGUCUUCCAACAAGCUGCUUGUUAUCUUCGAGUCAGAUAGUUCAGUACAAAAAGCUGGUUUUUCUGCCACCUUCAUGAAAGAAUUUGAUGAAUGCGCAUCAAUAGAUCAUGGAUGCAGUCACUCGUGUGUCAACACUCUCGGUGGAUAUGAAUGUGCUUGCGAUAUCGGUUACGAAUUGCACUCUGAUGGGAAAAAAUGCGAGAACGCAUGUGGAGGUGUUCUUUAUGGUCCUAAUGGGACCAUUACAUCUCCAUCAUUUCCCGAUUUAUAUCCACCAUCUAAGAACUGUCUCUGGGAAAUCGUCGCUCAGCCACAACACAGGAUUACGCUUAAUUUUACACAUUUUGAUUUGGAAGGCAGUAAUAAUAUGUAUCACCAGGAAUGCGAAUACGACAGUGUGACUGUACACUCAAGACUGGGUGCUGAUGUACUAAGACGUCAUGGAGCAUUCUGUGGAUCAGUUCUACCACAACCUGUUAUCUCGGAAGGAUCUGUUUUGCGAGUUCAAUUCACAUCAGACGCUUCAGUCCAUCACUCGGGUUUUGCAGCAACAUACUACAUAGACGUCGACGAAUGUGCAGACAACAAUGGCGGGUGUCAGCACGAAUGCCACAAUACUUUAGGCGGAUAUGAAUGCGCGUGUCACAGCGGCUUUACAUUACACCCGAACAAACACGAUUGUAAGGAGGGUGGCUGUAAACACGACAUCACUCAUCCUCAUGGCACUAUUUUCAGUCCGAACUAUCCAGAUACGUAUCCAUCGAGGAAAGACUGUGUGUGGCAAUUCUCAACCACUCCUGGACACCGCAUCAAGUUGAUCUUUAAUGUAUUCGAAUUGGAACCACAUCAGGAAUGCACGUACGAUCACGUUACAAUCUAUGAUGGAGCAUCAGCAGACGAAAAGACCCUGGGACGAUUUUGCGGAAGCAAACUUCCACAUCCGGUAGUGGCGUCCUACAACCAAAUGUACGUCGUCUUCAAGUCUGAUGCUUCGGUACAAAGGAAAGGAUUCUUAGCUACGUAUUCGACUUCAUGCGGAGGGUACCUAGCUGCAACAGAUACUGUGAAGCAUCUUUACUCUCACGCGAGAUACGGCCACGACUCUUACGAGUCCCGCUCACGAUGUGACUGGAGUAUUGUAGCACCAAUGGGUCAGUUUGUUAGACUCACUUUCCUCACCUUCGAUCUUGAACCAGAAGACAACUGUGGAUAUGAUUAUGUUCAAGUUUUUGGUGGGUUGGAAGGCAGUGGCGGUGACUAUGGCAGUUUUUGUGGGACUAAGAUGCCUCCAGAAAUCGUUUCAACAACAGAAGCUCUAUUAGUGAAGUUCCGUACCGACGACACUAUUGUAUUUAAGGGCUUUUCAGCAUCGUAUCAAGCAGUCAAACCUGAGCUGUGGAGUGGCGAAGAUAAUUCUGAAGGUGGAGAAGAUCUUGAUGAAGAAGAAGAUGAGCAAUUGACACCCUCAGUCAUAGGCAGAAGAGGUCUCCGAGCUCCUAUACCAAGAUUCGUCCGACGACCAACG